CUUUUAAAUGUUGUAAUUCUGCCAUUUCAUAAACUACAAAUACGACGCCGUAAUAUUCUACGCCGAUUUUCGGGAAACGACCAGGAGUUUCCGAGUGACCACCUUCUCGCUCUUGCACACAGAAGAUGGCACAAGAAGAAGAGCUCCAACUACUCGGGCACGGUCUGGGCUCGGGUUCGGGUCCAAUGGUUUCGGCGACCGUCGGCCGGGUCAUGACUACGCUACUCCAAGCGAAGCCCAAGAAACUCCAGGACGCCAUUUCUCGGCUCCAAUCACCUCCCAAAAUGGCACCCCUCACUGUUUCUCUGGAACAGUCUCUGUGGUUUCUGCACAAGUACAUAGGCGAAGCUGCGGAAAGAGGCGAUCACUUGGAUCAAGUUCUCGUUCCCAUUAUUCAACAUUCAUUGAAAAUGAGAGUACAGAAACAAGGAAACCAGGCGAUGAUAAUUCUGAACUGGCUGUUUCAAGAUGAGAUUUUGUUCCAAUACAUUGUGAGAAAUUUGGCGGGCAUUAUAUCCAGAAGGGAUGAUCACUAUGUGGCUCUUGGAUGGUGUAUUCUGGGACGCAGUCUUAUUGAAUAUGAGAAUGUUAUGAACAAUGUACCAACCUAUGCUGUAAGGGAGAAGUAUGAUGCGAUACUGAAGAUAUUUUGUUCUUGUGUCACCCAUCUCUUAUCUAUAAUGUGCAACAGAAGCAAUAUGCAGGAGGGAUUUGAGUUGCCAACUCGCCUUGCAGUAGCUGCUGCUGAUUUCAUUUUAUCUCUUACAGUAUCAUUGACCAGAAAGGAUCUAGCUUCCGAUAAUAUGACUAAAAAGCAAAAAUCAUCUUCUGUUGUUGCCAAAAGUCAGCCUAUCAGUUUACUGCCAGGUGGUACUAAUGAUAGAGGCAAUGAUACAUCAAGGAAAACAUCAGAAUUGCCGUCCAGCUUGGAAUUGAAGUUGCUUCUCUGGGAUAAUCUGAAUCAGCUUAUACCUCUUGUGGAGAAACUCACAGCUUGGAGCAGGAAAAGCCGUUCUUUGCAUGCUAAAGGACUGGAGAGGGUAUUUAAGUGGCUCCAGGAAGUCAAACAGCUUUAUGGAUGCUUUCAAGAUGAGACAGAAAUCCAAUUGCUGAAGAAUGGUUCUUUGCUUCUUUCUUCUUGUUGGAAACAUUACGGCAUGCUCAUGCACUUAGAAGACCACAAAUUCUCUCAGCAAUAUAAAGAACUGCUGGACCAAUAUUUGUCUGGUAUUCAGUUUUAUGCAGACAACCAAUCUGAAGAACCUAACAUGAGCAAAGACAGCCAAUCAGAUACCAUAAACUUUUUCCUGAACUGCCUUUUGCUUUUAUUGGGUCGACUAGAUAAUCAGCAAUUUGGAAAUGCCAUAAUAGAAUUUGGAUCGCAAAUUUCUCAAGUUCUCAUGGCUCAGCUACGAUGUGCUGAUGAAGAAGUGAUUGAUGGAGCUAUUAACAUAUUUAAAGCUGUCAUCUUGAGAACGAAUCACGCAUCAUCCAAACGAAGUGUUGCUGACCCUAGACAAAUGGAUGCUUUACUGGCAACACUGCUAGAUCUUUUGGAUGAGCGAGAUGCAGCAGCAAAAGCUAUUGUUAAGCUUGUAGCAGAAUAUUGCUCGAUAUGCUCAGAUAGUAAGUGUCUUUAUGAAGUUCUAAACCGCAUUGACUCUAAAAGUGUAGCACAGAGGAGGAAUGCUGUUGAUAUUGUAGCUGAUCUUAUCCGUAUAUCUUCUGGGUCGGUUAACGCACUUUCACAAGCGGCAUGGCAAGAUGUUGCAAACCACUUGUUAAAAUUUCUUGGAGAUGAAGAUCAAGACAUUCACAAUCAGGCAGCAAAUUCAAUUCCCAUGAUUGACCCAGCAUUUGUUUUGCCUGAGCUUGUUGGCCUAAUUUAUUCAGCAAAUGAAAGAGCACAGAUGUCAGCGAGCCAUGCACUCAUAGCCUUGCUGGUCAAUCAUAAACAAAAACCUGAAAUUUUAUGCAUGCUUCUGGACUGUCUCAGCAAACUCUCUCAAAAUCUAGAUUCAGGUGCUGCCGCUCAUGGCAAAGAAGGAUCAACAUUGGACGCUGAUAGGCUCCUGAAGUUGCUUCCAGAGUGGGCAAAACAUGUUGAAGAUUGGCGCGUUAUGGUUGGUCCCUUCAUAGACAAGAUGUUAGCUGAACCAUCAAAUGCUGUUAUUGUCAGGUUCCUUAGUCAUAUAAGUGACUACUUGGCUGAAGCUGUGGAUUUAGUCUUCCAUCGACUUAUAUUGUAUAUGAGAGAACAAAAAGAGACCAAUGAGUAUUUUUAUAAAUCGAGGGAAAGAAAAGAAUCAGAGAGUGAGGCUAUGGAAUAUGAGAAUUGUCUCUUUACUCGCCUUUGCCCAUUGCUUGUGAUCAGACUACUUCCUUUGAGAGUUUUUGAUGACCUUGAUUCUCCUCUAGUAUAUGGUGAAUUUCCGAGAAAUUCUGCUGUGCAUGCAGAUGGACAUUUCAGCAUUGAGGGCACUGGUUGCGUAGCUGCCUUGAUGAUUAACAGGGCGUUGAAUAAGUCUGAAUUUGAAGAUGUCCGGAAGCUUGCUUCAGAGCUCUGUGGGAGAAUUCAUCCCAAGGUUCUCGUGCCUGUUUUGUCCUCUCAGUUGGAAUCUGCUGCUAAUGCUAAGGAUACAUUGAAGAUUAGAGUUUGCCUGUUUUCCCUGUGUACUUCUCUUAUGAUUAGAGGCAAUAAUGCUUAUAGGCAUCCUGAUUUGUUCAGAAUAAGGAAAACGAUACAGAAAGUUCUGUCAUGGACAUCAUCUGACAGAGAUGAAAUUUCCAAAGCACAACAUGGAUGCAUAGACUGUCUGGCUUUGAUUUUGUGCACAGAACUACAAGCUCCGGAAUCCUUGAAAGGUGGAGCUAUUUCAGAAGAUUCUGUACUUGCGCAUGUGAUCAAUCAGUUGACAGAUGACGAGAAGGAUGUUUCUGUUGAAUCUGAUGAAGAUGAUUGUACGGCUGAGACAACCGCACACCUCUCAUUUCGAAUCUGCAUGGCUAACGUCCUUAUAAGUGCCUGUCAGAAGAUACCAGACACCGGAAAGAAAUCAUUUGUCCGGAAAAUUCUUCCACGUGUUAUCUGUUCUGUUGGGGUGACGGUGUAUCCACAGAUUAGGGCUGCUUGCAUCCACGUUCUCUUUGCAGUAGCAUACCAUUUGAAGUCGUCAAUAUUUCCAUAUUCAAAUGACCUUCUAACCGUUGCUCUAAAAUCACUUAGAGAAGGAUCCCACAAGGAGAAAAUGGGGGGUGCCAAAUUGCUCGCAUGCCUAAUGGCAAGUGAAGAAGAGGUGGUAGAAAGCAUAUCGGGCGGACUAAUAGAAGCAAGAUCAUUGCUCCACCACCUAUCCUCAACAGAUCCUUCGCCAGAUGUUAGGCAAAUGUGCCAGCAACUCCUCCUAUGUCUGACUUCUUAUUAGUUCUCUUCUUGUCAAGUAGUAAUUACAAACAGCUUAUAUGUCAAACAUGAUAUGAUAACCUAACUGUAUUUUUGUAUAUACAUAUAUGAAAUUUGCAAGAAUGAGGCAGCAGCAGCAGAUUGGUCCUAAAAUGUCUGCUCAUCCAUUUGAAUGGGGCAAACUUUGAAGUUAAGAUUGUUGCUCGCCCAUAAUUUGUUUGUUAUGAUUGUGUUGUAAUAGUGGUUGGAUGAUGCUGACAAGCAAAUAUUCAAAAAUAAAAUGUGAAAAGGGCAAUUUUGUUGUUUUCUUGA